GAACAUUUUGGAAUUCAGCAUCCUUCAACACAGAGACGUCCUACCUGCAUUUCCCCACCUUCCAUGGAGAGCUCAGCGCAGAUGUCUCGUUUUUCUUUAAAACUACUGCUUCCUCAGGAGUGUUUUUAGAAAACCUGGGAAUUCAAGACUUCAUAAGGAUAGAGCUAUACUCUCCAUCUGAAGUGAUUUUUUCAUUCGAUGUUGGAAAUGGACCUAGCGAAGUUACAGUGCAAUCCCUCACUUCCUUAAAUGACAACCAGUGGCAUUAUGUGAAGGCUGAACGAAACAUCAAAGAAGCAUCCUUACAAGUAGAUCAGCUUCCUCAAAGGUCUCAUGGUGCUCCACCUGAUGGGCAUAUUCGGUUGCAGCUCAACAGCCAGCUUUUUGUAGGUGGGACAGCAUCCAGGCAGAAAGGAUUUUUGGGAUGCAUUCGUUCAUUACAGUUGAAUGGAAUGGCCCUUGACCUGGAACAGAGAGCAAAGAUAACACCAGGAGUUGAACCAGGCUGUCCUGGACAUUGUAGCAGCUAUGGUAACCUGUGUCACAAUGGUGGAAAAUGUAGAGAGAAAUACAGUGGAUUCUCCUGUGACUGCACUUUCUCUGCCUAUGCUGGGCCAUUCUGUAAGAAAGAAAUCUCUGCCUAUUUUGGGACUGGCACUUCUGUGACAUAUAAUUUUCAAGAAUACUACACCUUAGCUAAAAAUUCCAGUUCUCAUGCUUCUUCUUUCUAUGCUGACAUGACACUGAACAGGGAAGAAAUUACAUUUGCCUUCCGAACAACACGGACACCAAGCUUACUGCUUUAUGUCAGCUCAUUCUACCAGGAAUACCUCUCGAUCAUUCUCACUAGAAACGGAAGUUUACAAAUCAGGUACAAGCUAGAUAGCCAUCAAGAUCCCGAUGUUUUCAGCAUUAAUACCAAAAACAUGGCUGAUGGACAACUGCAACAUGUGAAGAUUAACAGACAGGAGGAAAUGCUCUUUGUAGAGGUUAACCAGAAUGAAAGAAUGAAGUUUAUUCUGUCUUCAGGCACAGAAUUCAAUGCAAUCAAGUCUCUCACACUUGGCAAGAUUUUAGAAAACAGUGAUGUAGAUGACGAGACUAUGAAGGCAAACUCUCAGGGGUUUAUUGGAUGUCUCUCCUCAGUGCAGUUCAACCACAUUGCUCCUUUGAAGGCUGCACUGCACCACAGCAGCUCAGCCCCCGUCAUUGUAAAGGGACGCUUCACUGAAUCCAACUGUGGUACUUUAACUGGGGCUGACUCAACAUCAAGUGAAACAACACAUUCAUUUGCAGAUCACUCUGGACCAAUAGAUGAGGGAGAGCCCUUAGCUAACACAAUCAGAAGUGAUUCUGCAAUUAUUGGAGGUGUGAUAGCGGUUGUGAUAUUCAUCCUACUUUGUAUCACUGCCAUAGCCAUACGUAUUUAUAAAAAAAAAGGCAUAUACUCAAAAAAUGAGGCAAAAGGAUCUGAAAAUGAAGACAGUGCUGAAUCUGCACUGAAAAGUGAGCUCAGCAUGCAAACGACAGCAAAUGAAAAUCAAAAGGAAUACUUCUUCUGA